GUGUGACGCUCGUCCCUGACGGCUUUUGGAAUAAAGCAGAGGAAUCUUGGGCUUCGGGGUAAGUGUCUCCUUAUCGGAGCAAGUGACGAGGUGACUAAGCAAGUACGGGGAAGAUGAAUGAGUGUAUAUAUUCAUCCCUUCGAAAUGUCAGAUCGAACGUAUCGAUGCCCGGUGAAAUUUCAGUGCCUCCGUCGAUAACUCGUCUAAUUAGCGCCCGUUGAUUGGUCACCUUCGUCAACGCGUCGCUGCGACGGUAGCAGAACCCACACAUCACGGCGCAGUGGUGGGGGGCUUAUUUACGCUUGGCGCCUUGGGUCACGCCGAUCUCGCGCCAACGGCGUGGCGGCAGUCUUCGUACGACGGUCGUCGCGCGUUUCCAUUAGAUCUUGUGUGUUUCCCUCUCGCUUUUCUCUCUCUCUCUCUCUCUCUCUCCAUAUAUCUCCCCUUCCAGCCUGGCCUAACGUCGUGUCUUCGUCGUGUAAGUUCGGGCGCUUUCGCGUUUAUGAUGAUACAGGACUGGCUCGAUCGAUAUGGGAUCAAUAUUUUGUACGAAAGUACGAACUACGGGCCUUAAGGCCUGAUGAGCUUCGGGGCGGAUUAGAGAUUAGAUUAUUCGUCGAUAAAAUCGAGGCUUGUAGCCUCGAUCGCGCGGCCGAAACAUAUCCUUGUGAUAUCACGCGCACGACCUUGCGUACCCGAGAGAAUUCAGAGUCUCGAAGAAGGCCUAGGACUCUAGGAUUAUUUGGAGAGAAAGUGGACUCCGAGUCAAGUGGACUCUCUCGAUUGAUGUGAACAUCGGCAAGCAGUGUGCGGCCGCUUGCGAUUUUGACGGUUUUCCAAGGGAGUGAUACAACGCGCGCGCGCGCGCGCGGCAGUCGAGUGCGAGUCACGUGCUGCGUGUGAAAUACAUCGUAUGAUAUUUCGCAACUUCGUCGCGGGACUUCGGCAUCGCGAAAAGGGAUCAACCUCAGCCCCGCGCAGCGACGAAUCCCUCCGCGGGAGUGAGAACGAGCGAUUUGUUCGAUGGGGGACUUGUUCAGUGAUCCGUGAGCGCGCGCGCGCGCGCGGCUCUUUUUUGCUCGUCGAAAUCGACGCGAAAUCGACGAAGGGUCUACGGGUCUUCGGCAAGGGAUGCUCUUCUGAUGGCACCUGAUCUCGAAAAGAGGCGUCAGGAGGAACUCAGGAGAGGUAGCAGCGGGACGUUGGAUCAUGUCAACGAUCAUUUGAGCAUGCUUCUGCAGCUGAGAUGCGCGGGAGGCACGUUGACAAACCUCUAUCGUUAUGGUAGCAACGCAGGCGGCACGUCGUCAACGGUGACAGCAUCGUCCGUCUCGAGGAGCACCGCAACCGCAAGUAAUCGCGCUCACUCUGCGACCAGGAGAGUGGUCGGUCAUCAGCAACGGCAACAGCAACCACAACAACAGCAACCUAGAACAUCUCUGUCAAGCUUCAACGGCGUCACCGUGAGGAACUCGGAUGACCACGGGCCCAGAAGCGGCGCAACGCAAGACGUCUGCGACAACUCGAACGACUCCGGCCUCGGCUUUGAGGAGCGUCAACAGCACGUCUUCAGCAACACCAACCUUUGGAACGGAGUCGGCGAGGAGGAUUCAAAAAGACGAAAAAUGGACAUUAAGCUGGAAUCCGAGGAUGCGAACUUCCCGUUUUCGGAAGUUGGUCACGGUGCUAGUCCUGAUAACAAGUCUGCAACGACCAGGACCGCUGUGAACGGGAUCGGCUUGGGAGGCAUAUCCGGUGGUAGAACUGGAAACGGGACCGGUAAUUCUGUAGGCAGAAUCGUAGGAGUAACGAGACCUCGACCCGCCAUGGGUGUGCUGGCCAAAAGAGCACCGGCUACUCACCAGGGGCCUAUCACCCUUACUUCGCAACUAUCGAAUACUUCUGCCGACGGCAAAAUCCAAUUGCAAAUCAUCUGCCAACCUGAACAACAACACCGUGCCCGCUAUCAGACCGAAGGCUCACGGGGGGCGGUGAAGGAUCGUGCCGGAAAUGGCUUCCCGAUCGUCCGGUUGAUUGGCUACGACAAGCCGACGAGCUUGCAGGUGUUCAUCGGCACCGAUCUGGGUCGAGUGGCACCCCAUAUGUUCUACCAGGCGUGCCGUGUCAGCGGCAAGAACUCGACGCCCUGUAUAGAGCGCAAGAUCGACGGGACGAUCGUGAUCGAGGUUGAAAUGGACCCGGCCAAGGAGAUGCUGGUGACCUGCGACUGCGUGGGUAUUCUGAAGGAGCGCAACGUCGACGUGGAGCACAGGUUCCCCCAGGAAGCUGGAGUGCUUCAGGGUAGAAGCAAGAAGAAGUCCACGCGGUGUCGCAUGAUCUUCCGCACGACUAUCACGCAUGCUGACGGGACCACGGAGACUCUGCAAAUUUGCUCGCAGCCGAUAGUUUGCACUCAACCACCGGGGAUCCCGGAGAUCUGUAAGAAAUCUCUGACGUCCUGCCCGUGCACAGGCGGGCUGGAGCUCUUCAUUUUGGGCAAGAACUUCCUCAAAGACACCAGAGUGGUCUUUCAGCUAGAUAACGAUGACCUGUCGAGUAGUCUGGAGCCGCACUGGCAAUGCGCUGUGCUGCCAGACAAAGAAUUUUUGCAGCAAACACACUUGGUGUGCGUAGUGCCGGCUUACCGCAGGCAGGAUCUAGCACCCACGGAGACGGUUGGCGUGAAACUGUACGCGGUGUCCUCCGGCAAGACCAGCGAACCGCAUAAUUUCCUUUACACGGCCGCUUCCACACCCCCAGAGCCGUCCAUGGGCAAGGUCGAAUGCAUCUCGCCCCCGCUCACGAACGGCGACGCCAACUUAACGACCUCCUCCGCCGCGGUGCCGCUUGCUACGGGUGUAGCAUCGAACACUCUGAUAACGCAAGCAGCUGCCGGGCCGGCGAGUUUCCUGACGAGCCUUCAGACUCCGCCGCAGCAAGCCACUUCGGAGACUCUGAAGAACGACCCGAGCCCACCGCCGGCAGCGGCGGCGUCCCAGGUGACACCUGUGAUGAUGUGGGCCUCACAGUCCUCCAACUGCCACCCAAACUCACCACCCGAAGUCAUGAUGCCACCCCCGGCACUCGUGGCGAACCCGCUAUUGAACCGACGAUCUUCGACGAAUCUGCAGUUGAUCUUGCCGGAUAACCUCAAGACAGAGGUGUUGGACGAAAAUAGCGAGAACAGCAUGUUGAGCGAAAACAGCAUGCAGAGCAUACCGACGCCUACGGCUGCCACAAAUGGACCGACGUCGGUUGCCUCUCCUCUCCAGCAGCUUGUCAACGAAAACUCUAGAGAGGCCGCACCUUCGCAAGCUGAUAUUAUCAGAACCGUCGCUGCAGCGGCCAACAACAGUCCCGCACGAGAAGCUGUGAGUCUUCUCGGGGUGGUGGAUCUAAUGCGUAAUCAGCAUCCUUUGUCGAUGGUGAAUACACACCAUCAGACUCCGUUUGCAGGAAUACACGAGUCAGCUCAGGCUCAAGUUCUUAGUCCUCAUCGUCUCAAAGAAACAAACGACGUCUUGCCAACAGAGAACAGUUCCAAUGCAACUGCUCUUCCGGGAGCCGGUGUGGUGGACCUUCGCAUGAAGCAUCAUCAUCAUCAACCGGACUUUGGUGCGUUAUCGAGUUUCACGGGCGCACCCGCGACGCAGUCGUUGUCUGCACCGAGUAGUCACGUAGUGGACAAGUACCUGAAUCAUAUGGAAUCGUCGGUGACCGCGAGCGACGAGCCUGCUAGUCCCGAGAAUGAGUUUGCUAUCCAGCAGCAACGAGCUUCCAUCAUCUCAGGAAGCGGCCAACAGCCGGCGGCUCCUCCGGGAAUCUUAACUACUGCAGGGCAAACUUCAGUGAAACUGGACGCCCUGGUAAACUCUACCACAGAACAAAUGGUUUCACCCUUGCGCUCGGUGAACCCCAAUCCUACAGGAAUAUUGAGUCACGUGACGUCAGAGCACGAAGCUAUCGGCGGCGGCCAGCAGACUAGGACUAGCCCACCGAUUCCGGUAAAGACGAUGCUGCUGGAGGCGUUGCAACCAUUGGGAGCAGCCGCGGGUGCGACGUCGGUGCCGUCGUCUGCGGCAACAGUGGAACAAACGGGAGACAGCCUGCUAACUACCAUUAAUGCGGCGCUAUUACCGCCAUUGCCGGAAGCCCAGGUCACCGCAGCAACCGCUACGUCGAAUUCUACGUCUGUUCCUUUCCAGGUUGCUGGCGAUGCGAUACCGGCAGUCACGGCGGAACAUAUGCAGCAGCAAAUCCAGGCACUCACACAGCAAGAUGUGGUCGUGAUGCAACAGCAAGUGCAGCAGGUGGAACAAGUGGUAGCACAGGCGCAGCAACAGGUCGAGCAAGUCGUCGCGCAAGCGCAGCAACAGGCGGUACAAGCGGUACAACAGGCCCAGCAACAAGUGGUGCAGCAAGUGGUGCAGCACGCUCAAGUGGUGCAGCAAGCGGUACAACAAGUGCAGGCUGUGCAGCAGGUUCAAGCGGUGCCGGCUGUGCAGCAAGCGGUGCAGCAGGCGACUCAGGAGGUAGUGCAGCAGGCGGUCCAGCAAGCGACGCAAGAAGUUGUGCAACAGGUUCAAGCAGUGCAGCAAGCUGUCCAACAAGCUCAGGCAGCUCAAGCGAUGCAACAGGCAGUUCAACAAGACAUCGGUUCCAUGCUGAAUCAGCCAGCGGGCUUCGUAGCUGAGGCAAGCUCUGCAUUGGCCAGCGGUGCAGCCCAAGAACCUUCUCAGCAGCGUCUGACCAACGCGGCGGAGCAAGCUAUCAACAACGUCAUCACCAACGCCACGCAAGAUAUUAUCAAUAACCGACCGAUCAGCACUACCACUGCUCACGCGAUCAUCGCCACGAAGAAGAUUCUCAACAGCGUGGCGACUCAAAGCGCCCAGCUGAUGAACAGCGCGAUGGAGGGUAUUCUGCCGAAGUCGCCCUCGGCGCAGAGCAAUAUCGUUGAGCAGGUCGCCAAUAAGUCGCCGCCGGUCACGCUCCCGGUCACACCGAAUCGCCAGGCUGUGAACGCUUCGAUUCCUAAUACCGCCGCGAGUAGUGCGGCCAGUAGGAAGCCAGAGGACGGGAUGUUGCCUCAAGAACUCACCUCCAUGUCGGAACACGACCUUCUGAGUUACAUCAAUCCCAGCUGCUUCGACCCGCAAGGCGGAUUCCUCAUGUAGUACUGCCAUGUUCCUCGUGAGAGGCGGAGGGAUGAUUUUUUUCUGCGAAUUUCUUCCCGAACGACGCGAAAGCCUAAGGUCCUGUCUUCGUACCUCAAAGGAGUAUGUUGAAAACUGAGCGAACAAUAGAAUCGGGAAUUAAUGGUUUCAUUCGAUUUUCCUUGCCGAGACGAUUCCAAUGAUAUGUAGUAUAUGGGAUCAAUUCGAUGGUUAUGAUGGUCAAAGUGACCAGCGAAGUUAGCUGCUCUAAGGCUUUAAGGUAACUAUUAACCGACGGUUAAUAGUUUUAACGGUCUUAACGAGGAGAAUCGAAUGAAACCAUUAAUUCCAUUUUUGCUUAGUUUUCAACGUAUUUCUUUAGAACAGAGCUCGGCAAAGUUUACAACUUUCGGCCGAUUUUCGGAAGCUACGCCUUCUAUUUCCCCUUACCGCGCGGCGGAUCCAUCAACUGACGGUCGCGGCUCGCGACCUCAGGACCGUUAAGAUCAUAAGGCGCAUCUAUGUGGUUUAAAAAAAAAAACGCGUCGGCAAUAGUACCUCAUGGGUGACAAGGAAACCUAUUGUUACCUAAUGUUACCUUCUAAUUACAAAAAUAUAAGAAAAAAAAAAUAUAUAUACUUAUACAAGUGUAUAUUUGUACAUGUUUGUACGAAAUAUUAUACAUAAAGUUGUAUCGAUACAUUUAUUUUUCAGCCUUUGAGGUGCGUUAAAGGAGCGCGUUGUCAACGUUAACACGUUAUUCUAUCUUUAUCGCUCAUUACAUGUACAAGGAUUGAAUAAUGCGUUAGCGCUGAUCGACGCGCUCCCCGAACGCAUCUUUAGUAGGCACCACAUAGAUGCGCCUUAUGAUCUGAACUGUCCUGAGGUCGCGAGCCGCGACCGUCAGUUGAUGGAUCCGCCGCGCGGUAAGGGGAGAUAGAAGG